AUGGACGACAAUGCGACACACGAUCCCAGUCGGCUACUCUCCACUCGAUCCCUGCCGUCUGAAAUCCUACUCAAAAUCUUUGGCAUGCUGACACAAGGCGAUUGCUUAAGGUGCAUGUCAGUAUGUCGUACUUGGUACAAGGCCAUUCCACAGUACACACACCAAUGCUUUCGCAGCGUCAUGCUCAAAGGCAAUCGUGGUCAUGCCGACAAUACACGACUACAGAAAUGCCUUGGAUCACAUGUCAAAAGUGCUGUAUUGGAUUCGUGUGACACUCAGGCACAACUCGAGGCACUGCUCACCUUGCUCGAACGGUAUCAAUGCUACGAUAUUCGCCGACUCUGUAUAAGACGAUGCCCUGUGCGUGAUGGGAAUACAUUGAUACAGCAUUUAAAACACCUUGAACGAUUGGAACGGAUCUCAUUUCACAAUACUCGGUUCGAUGUUGCGAUAUUGUCAUUUCUCAGCUCAUUGAUAUCGACAUGCCGUUCUUUGACGCAUUUAACAUGCAACACAACAUUCGCCAUGGAAGGGGUCUCUUUGCCAUCCGAAAGUAUGCUGAUACACGACUCAGAAAUUAAUCACAACAUGCGCUUCCUUCGACUUGGAUUACACACCCCAACAUUGUCACAGGCCUUGGUAUUGCUUGUACGAUGUCCCCAACUAAGAUAUUUCAGCACCUGUUGCGCGAAUGAUGUCGAUGCUCGAUCGAUCCUGUUGUUGUGUCCCAAACUCGCGUUCUUCGAAUGUCAAAUGUUGGCAAAACGUUAUCGGCAAUGGCUUGAUCACAAUGACGAAGAAUCACUAUCAGUACAGCCUUUGCAAGAUCGACAACAACAACAACAACAAUCAUCAUCAUCAACAUCGCUUAGAGAAUUGACAUUGGAACCUAUCAGCUUUGAACAACAAGUGCUCGACUUGCAUCAUCCAUGUUUACAACGACUCGAAGUGGGCGUUACCAAUGGCGACGAAGCGAUCAUCAGAGCGUUGCUACGCAAUACACCGAUGGUGGAGGAAUUACGUUUAUGUUUCUAUGACGUGGUGGAUUAUAUUCCUGCUAUGAUACGGCCUUUAUCCAACCUACGCAAUCUCCAAUUAUGGCUUCUUCGCACGAGAGAAAAUCAGGAAGACCUCAUCCAACUCUUUGAAGGCUUUCAUCAUCAUCUUCCACCCCAUCUCUCCGUGGGCAUCAAAUGCAACCUCUAUCAGCAUGCUUCUCCACAUACCUUGAGAAACAUACUGUUGUCGAUGGCUGGGAUCCGACAACUCAAGUACAUCAACCUCCAUUCACUCCAGAAUAUUGACGACAACCAUCUCAUCUCUUUCUUUGAACAUGUAUCACAACAUCAAAUCGAAACAGUGACAUUGGCAUUUCCCACCAUGUCAUUUUCAUUGCUUUACCUUAUUACUCAUCGUUUGCCCCAUCUCAUACAAUUCGAAAUUGCCUAUUGCGGUGGCAUCAGUCGUCGUGGCCUACGCACGUUGGUGGACACCAAAGCAAGAACAUCGCCAGGGAAAUUGACAUUGAAAAUCCGCCUCUCGUAUAUGGAUGAUGGUGCCAAGGCAAAUGAUAUCAAUGUAUGCAUAGGAAAGGAUCCCUUCCCCGUAAUACAAUAA